CUUGGAAGCAGUCGCUCGGUAGUCGGACACUAUCUUAUUUCCACACGUUUUCAGUCCCAGUAUCCGCUUUCUCACCUUUCUCUCUGUUACCUUUCUUACCAAAUGUCUUUUGCACAGAAGCGAGAGCGACGUGCCAAUGCGGGUAGCCGCAUGCGUGCGCUACUCGAUCAAGAGGAGGAAAUGGAAGAACUUUUUGAGGAAUCUGUGAGCGACGACGAAGAAUUUAUCACUAAACCCGAAGACGAAGUACAGGAUACCGUUGAUUCUGAUUUUGACACUGAAUCGUCCGAUGAAGAACGUGAGCAGGAAGAGCUAGGACGACAAGUCGACAAACAAAUCGCAAUAGAAGAACGUCAGGCACGACGAGCACCACCUCCACCUGCAGCCAUUCAAUCACGCGCUCCAAAACGACGACAACCAAAAACCAAACCGGCAGCAACAGAACAACAACAACAGCAACAACAACGUCGACGGCGAAGCGAAGUCGAUGCCGUACGCCAAUCAUCCCGAGCCAAUACAGUUCGCAACCGACUUCAGGUCGAAGAGCAGAUACGUGAAUACAAAAGCCGACGUGCACAACUUCCGAAACGCGACAGACCGGCCGUCAAACAAUUAACACAAGAAGAGCUCCUUGCAGAAGCAGUCAUCACCGAACGCGAAAACCGAGAAUCGUUAGAGCUAUGGCAGCAAAAGGAAACUGAAAGGAGAGCCAAAAUGAAGAAGAAGGAUAAAAAGCGGAUCGUGGGUCCGUUUGUACGAUACGCGUCAUUCACGGAAGAUCCAGACAAACGCCCUAAACGUCGUAAGAUCAUCAUGAUUUCGGUCUCGGACGAAAACGGCGAGAACAAUGUGCAUACAGAAAUCACAGAUCCAUUAACAUUGGCGUGGCAGGAGAAACGGGAUAUGGAACAGAGCGAGGCAGUGGGACGCAACCUAAUUUCGUUCAUGCAGACUGGAGACGAGGAACAACAGAGUAGUAGAAGGCUAGUGAAUCUGACAGGAUUAUCGGAUCGUGACAUGGAUCGAACAGAUCUGGUACCAGAGCUGGCAGCUUGGGCAGAACGGCCCACACGACCUGCAAAACCAACAAUGUGUCCAAUAACCGGUUUACCAGCACGCUAUCUCGAUCCAAAAACAAUGGUGCCCUAUGCCAAUCUCGAAGCAUACAAAACUAUCCAGAAGACUCUGCAUAACAAAGCGGUGUGGUCGUCGGAUUACAAGGUGUAUGUUGGCGAGCCUUCGGCAGGUGCCAAUGGUGUACCUGAGGGAUGGCAACGGGCAAUCAGCGGGAAACGAGAAGGCCAGGUGGACUGGCAAAGAUCGAACGGCGACGUUGAAUGUCCUGACUGGUUUAAUGAAAUGCACAACACCUUGUCAUUCCCCAAUCCAAACUGAUCUUUAUAUUCAUGCGCACAUGCCUCCCUACAUUAUAUACCAUUUUGCAUCUAUCCCUCUCAUAAAAGAACCUCUCCACUCUGUAAAUAGUAACAAAUCCAACCUUCUUGAUCCAUCUUUCUUGCAUAUAAAAUUUCUAGUGGUAUAGCAUUGUAGCAUAAUA